AUGAAUGGGGAAUCAGAUCAGCCAUCAACCUCAUCGCCAAAACUUGGCCGUCAAAAGUUACUCAGUACUGAAACAAUCAGGAAUCCAAAGCCGACCACUUCUGACCCUUCUGGGGAACUGAGUGAAGGCAUUCGGACUAUGCCAAAUUUGGAUCCCCUUCUGCUGUGUGUUUCCGAGGUCAAGUCAGGAACUGCAGGCUUCGACUAUUUUGAAGAUGCCUCACUCGUAUUUAAUGAAGACUUCUUUGAGGCUUCACUAUCGCAAAAUAACCCAAAUGCGUCAAAACCUAUCUUGAACGACUUGGAAGCCAGGUCAGUAUUACAGGUUAAUCCGUCUAAUGGAAUAAGACAAAAACCGGAACGAGAACAGUCGGGAUCUAGAGGCCAGCCUCUUGAAAAUUAUCAUCUGCAGAUCCAUCGAACAGAGGAACCAUCCAGAGUAACUAGUAUAAGAAGCGAUCAGUCAUUAGUUGGGACAAGGUUGGUUGAUGAGAAAUUGCUGCGUCAGUCUCGAGGCACAGUAAUUCCCAAUGGUUCAACAAUUCACACCACAAAUCUGCAAAACCCCACUUAUUUGGAAUGUCACAUGCAAUCAUGUCCAGAGUCUGUUCUUUCCGGAGCUCUUCUCAAGCAAAGUAAACCUUGUUCCAUACGCUCGGCUACCAUCGUGAGUAACACAAAGAAGGAAAAUGAGUUCGUUUGUUCGAAUUAUUUAGAUAAAUCUAUUGACUUGAAACAGAAUAUUCCACCGUGUGAAGAGCGCUCGUCGCUCAAAGAAAGGGACCCUCGCCUUGUAAAUGUUAGUCAGCAGCAAGGACAGCUCAACACGUUUAUCUCCACUUGUGGCCGAGAUUCACCAAUAACAAUAGAAAUGACCCACAUAGUGUCGCUGAGACGCGUAAAGCAAGGUGAUGGAAGCACAAUGUAUGUAAAGGAUACUCAACUUCGUAAAUGUCAAUGCGUUUGCACUUGUCUAAACAGUAAGAGUGCAGUUCAUGAAGUAGAAAGUCAACCGGUGAGAUUACCAUGUUUACCCCUCGUAAACGAGGCCUGUCAAACCCCACAACAAAUGGGUUACCUAAUCGACAGUCGACUUCAGAAAACUUAUCUUGAUCAGCAACAAUCCUCUCUAGAUUUCCAGUCAGUCGACUCACGUCUCGCCACAGAGCCCGCCGAAGAGCCAGUAGAGAAUACAGUAAAGUGCUGCGCAGCAUCACAGUGUUACUCCGAACCAAACCAGAAUGGUGAGCCAAAAGGCGUAACCAACAGGCAGUACCACACCAAUUCCUUCCUAAAGCCACAACAGUCAACCAGUCAUGAAGGCUCUUCUGAGUCAGUGAUAUGCCCCACGUGCUGUCCCACGAAAACGGAGCGGAAAACACAGCCACAAAGCAGUGUCGUGGCCAAUGAAACUACGAGGUACAAAUCGGAUGUUACUGUGGUGGGCGUACGCCAAGAUAUGACAGACCCCUUGAGAAGACAGGACGACAUGACAGAUCUGGAGGAGCUCGAAUUAGUUCGAAGGUCCAACCACGAAAUCGGGACAUACAUUGGACGGUGCAACUGCCCAGACAAAACUUCCUGUGAGUGCGAAUUACGGCGACCAUUGGAGGAAGGAAGAGUAUGUUGUGUGGAUUAUUCAACGCCUAAAGGGGGCUGUCUAGUAGAACCAGCUGCGAUUAGAGUAGAAGAGAAGUUUACGCGUUCAGAAGUGACAGAGAAGGGCUCUGCGGUGGAGGAUAAAGAUGAAACUUCUAAUCCGUGUUAUUUCUGCUUCAGGCGUCGACGGAAAUCCAAACUUCCUGAACCCGUUUCAAGAGAAAUCGAAUCAUGGCCGGGAAAUCUCGAUAAGUCACAAGUGGUUUUUUACAGGUAUGAUGAAGAAUCUCCCCCAAAUACUUUAGUUUCCGCUGUCCGGUCGAUUCAGUGCCCAUCGGAUCCUGGUGAAUCGGUUGCGAGCUUGCAAAUUUAUAGAUUGAUGGAUGAUCCUAAUCUACAUAGCAUACACGAUGACAGAGUUUCAGAAGGAGGAUGCGUCAAAGCUGCCACCAUUGCACCAGCCACCGGCGUCAGGUAUGUAAAAUUGAUAGAUCCAGUAAAGUCGUACCGGGCUGUAGUGCAUAGCGUGCCACGACCAAGUUGUGAGCGUACACCUUCAGAAUUCGUGAACACAAUCCCUGAAUACUAUCCGAAGAAGGAAGUGGAAUAUCGAAAGCCUUGCCACCUUCCACUAGGUACUGUAGUGGAACAGACUGUGCCCAAAAUUCCCUCACAAGUUUGUUCCACAUCAAAUCUGACCAGCGAGCCAAGUCCCGUUUUGCAUCCAUGGCGUUGCUGCGACGUGAAUACAGUAAUGAACCCACCACUUCCAUGUUCAAAACCCGCUGACCGCAACUUUUUUGCUCGGCCCGUUGACCCAAUACCAACGCCCGCGAGGGAACUAUCCAUCGUAGAAUCCCAACACAUAGAGGCAGCAGAAUAUCCUUUGUCACCCUGUUGUCCAUGUCCCCAUGAGCGACCUCUAUCUUUCAUCCACAUGCAACACGUCUGGCCGAACUGUUUAGCGAACUUGCCUUGGGCCUGUCGCUGUAAACGUGUUAUGAACGACUGUUGUUCUUGCCCUCAGAUAAGGUGGGGGUGUGACAAUCUAACCUACCAAGGUGCUCAAACGCACUACUAUAGCAAACCUGAGCGCUCGCAAGAGGGAGGGCUUUGUGAAUGUCGGAACAGGUUGCUGACAUGUCCACUUGCUUGA